UACCGCAUCGGCUGCGGCCUUGCAUCGCUCGUGCUUGUUUUAUUCACCCGUGAACAGCUGCUUCUACUAUAGUAUCGUAAUAAUGGGUGCUGAAAAACAUGAAGAAAAGAAACCUGAAUUGCCUGAAAGAGUUGCGUUCUUCGAAAUUUUCCGAUACGCGAGCUGGGCGGAGAUCGGCGCCACGCUGCUGGGCGUGCUGCUGGGGUUGCUCAGCGGCGGCGGCGUGUGCUACAACCUGGUGCAGUUCGGCGAGCUCAGCACCUCCUUCGUGGAGCGCACCGUGGGCACGGCCCGCCUGUCCAGCUACCUGCCGCUCACGCGCCUCUUCGGCGGCGGGAGACAACUUGUAAAUGCAUCACACGAAGAAAAUAUGCAAGCCCUUAUCGAAGAUGCCCAUGCCGUUUGCAUAGGAAUGUUCGUGUCUAUUAUUAUCUCCAUACUAUUUUGUAUGCUGUCCGUGGCUCUCAUCAAUUGGAGUGCUUUAAGACAGAUUACAAAAGUAAGAAAAAAAUUUCUUAUUGCUGUAUUGGGUCAAGAUAUGGCAUGGUUCGAUACUGAUUCCGAGUUCAAUCUUGCUUCGAGGAUGUCUGAGGACAUGAUGAAGUUGAAGGAAGGCAUGGGCGAGAAGCUGGCGGUAGUGUCCAACCUGCUGGGCACGGCCAUCAUCAGCAUCUGCCAGUCCUUCCCUCUCGGCUGGGAACUCACGCUUGCGUGUCUCACGGUGCUACCGUUCUCGUUGGCAGCCUCCAUAAAACUAUCCGAUUAUCAAUCCAAAUCUUCAGUGCGUGAGUUGAUGGCGUAUAGUAAGGCUGGAAAACAUGCCGAAGAAAUAUUUAAAUCCUUCAAAACAAUCGUGGCAUUUGCUGGUGAAAAAAAAGAAAUUGACAGGUAUAAGAAAUUGUUGGCGCCUGCGGAGCGGUACGGGCGCAAGCGCGGGCUGUACACGGGGCUGGGCACCGGCUUCAACUGGGUGCUCACCUACUCGCUCAACGCCAUCGGCCUCAGCUACGGAACUCGCCUCAUUAUUCGGGAUAUAGACAGCUCCGACCCGACCCGAUACGUGAUGGGUAAAAUGUUUUCCAUUAUGUUCGGCGUGUACAUGGCAACUCAGUCCAUAACAUUUAUAGUACCUCAUGCGGAGUCUUUUGCAGCGGCGCGUGCCGCGGCCGCCGGAGUGUUCAGUAUAUUGGACCGCGUGCCAAAUAUAAAUAGUUUGAGCCCUAAGGGACUUAAGCCCGGAAAGUUAGCUGGUUCAAUAACCCUGGAGAAUGUAACAUUUAGUUACCCUUCGAGGCCCGAAGUAAAAGUUUUAAAAGGAUUUUCUCUUCGCAUAAACCCUGGUGAAAACGUAGCGUUGGUGGGGUCGUCGGGAUGCGGAAAAUCUACGAUACUACAACUCUUGCAACGCUUGUAUGAUCCGGCCUCCGGCGUGGUUAGAAUUGAUAACUACGAUUUGAAGACCUUAAACGUUGGCAACUUGAGGUCUUCUUUAGGUGUCGUCGGCCAAGAACCUGUACUAUUCCGAGGUACAAUCCGCGACAACAUAGCGAUUGGGUAUCCGGAAGCGAGUGAUAAAGAAAUUGUCAAAGCAGCAACCAUGGCGUAUGCUCACGAUUUUAUAAGCCGAUUACCUAAUGGUUACGACACGAUGAUAGGCGAGCGCGGCGCGUCGCUGUCGGGCGGGCAGAAGCAGCGCGUCGCCAUCGCGCGCUCGCUGCUUCGGCAGCCCAGCAUCCUGCUGCUGGACGAGGCCACGUCCGCGCUGGACCCGCAGUCCGAGCGCCAGGUGCAGGCCGCGCUCGACAAGGCCAGCGUCGGCAGGACCACUCUCACCGUCUCCCAUAGAUUGUCAACCAUUAUCAACACUGAUCGUAUAAUAUGCAUGGACCAGGGUGUCAUAGUAGAGUCGGGCACACAUGAAGAACUUUUGAAAGCCAAAGGCUUUUAUUAUAAACUAGUCAACGCCAGUGGUAAUAUAAAAGAAGUGGUCGUAACAGAAUCUUUACCCGAAGAAGAAGAAAAUAACUCUGAGCGACUAGAGAAUGAAGUUCACCGUGAAAUCAAAAGGCGCUCUACUAAAAGAAUAGUCAGGCAGUACUCUAGUAGAAAAGAGCCUUGUGACUGGAUGACUCCUCGUAGCUCCAUUUCCUCAGUAGUUUCAAAUGGUUUGCAAAACUUUUCACGUAGAUAUGGAGAAGAAAUAAGGGAAAUAGAGGACGACCAGGAGGAAGUGAAACCCGUGAGUGACUGGGACUUGUUGAAGCUGAAUGCACCAGAAUGGCCGCUCCUCACCAUCGGAGCCAUCGCCGCCACCAUCCAGGGUGCUUGCUUCCCGGCGUUCGCUGUGCUUUUAGGGUACACUGUAGCGAUUUUCACGUCCUCUGACCCCGAGUAUCUAGUGAGCAUGGCGGAUCUGUACUCGGGUCUGUUUGUGGUGGUGGCGGCGGUGGCGGGAGUGACCAUGUGUCUGCAGAGCGUCACCUUCACCAACUCAGGCCUGAAGAUGACUACACGCCUUCGCCAGCAGUACUUCGCCAGUUUACUCGUGCAGGAAAUAGGGUACUUCGAUCGCGAGAGCAACACAGUGGGGGCGCUGUGCGCGCGGCUGAGCGGCGACACGGCGGAGGUGCAGGGCGCCACGGGGCUGCGCAUCGGGCUCAUCCUGCAGGGCGUCAGCUCCGUCGUCAUCGGCUUCCUGCUCGCCAUCAGCUACAACUGGAAGCUCGCGCUACUCGGCGCCGCGUUCUUGCCUUUAAUGGUGGGCAGCAUCUGGCUGGAAGGCAUGAUGGCGCAGAAGUCGGUGCAGCAGGAGCGCGACGCCAUGGAGUCGGCCACCUCCGUCGCCACCGAGGCCGUCGUCGGCAUCAGGACCGUGCAGAGCUUGGGCAUAGAAGAUAAUUUCAUAAAGAAGUUUGAAGCGGAGUUGGUGGUGUCGUGCUCGGCCGUGGCGCGCAAGGGGCGCUGGCGCGGGCUGGUGCUGGGCCUGGGCGUGUACGUGCCCUUCAUGGCGUUCUGCAGCGUCGUCGUCUACGGCGCCACGCUCGUCGCCUACGAGGGGCUCGCCUUCUCCAUCGUCUUCUUGGUAACAGAGGCAGUAAUGUACGGCGCAUACAUGCUGGGCCAAUCGUUGGUGUACGCGCCCAGCUUCCAGGCAGCCAAGGAUUGCGGCGCGCGCAUCCUGUCCGUCGUUCACCGCCACCCGCAAGUCACCACGGAGCCCGGCGUCAACGACUCCCCGCACUGGUCUGCUACCGGUAAAUUCGGAAUCAAAGAAGCUGAGUUCAGGUACCCGACGCGGCCGCACAUCCCCGUGCUGCGCGGGCUGGAGCUGCAGGUGGAGGCCGGCAAGACGGUGGCGCUGGUGGGCGCCUCCGGCUGCGGCAAGUCCACCGUGCUGCAGAUGCUGCAGCGCUUUUACGAUCCUGACUCGGGGACUGUCGAGUUGGACGGGCGAGACAUCCGGCGGUCGCUGACGCUGCCGCGGCUGCGGCGGCAGCUCGGCGUGGUGCAGCAGGAGCCCGUGUUGUUCGACCGCUCGCUCGCCGACAACAUCGCCUACGGGGACAACGCGCGCGCGCCCUCCAUGGACGAGGUGGUCGCCGCCGCCAAGCAGGCCAACAUACACGACUUCAUCGUAUCUUUACCGCAGGGAUACGAUACAAACCUCGGGGCGAGCGGCGCGCAGCUGUCGGGCGGGCAGAAGCAGCGGGUGUGCAUCGCGCGCGCGCUCAUCCGCUCCCCGCGCCUGCUGCUGCUCGACGAGGCCACCUCCGCGCUAGACGCCAACAGCGAAAAGGCUGUCACCGAAGCUUGGAGAAAGCGUCGAAAGGCCGGACGUGCAUAACUAUCGCUCAUCGGCUGUCCACUAUUAAGGACGCCGAUCUGAUCUGUGUACUGGACAAAGGUAAAAUCAUCGAAAAAGGCACCCACAAUCAACUGAUAGAGAUGAAGGGCUACUACUACCGAAUGGAAAAAGGACAACACCUCGCCUGAAGUUGAAAACGUAUUUCUUUGUACAUAAAAAAGUCAUUUAGUUAAAGAAUUAUA